AUGGAUUAUAAAUAUCUUCUUGUUUUAAAUGCAUUGUGUCAAUGCCUGGCAGAAAAUCCUCGUGAAGCUCUGGAAUCGCCUCUAAUAGCAGAUCUGUUUAAGCACUAUGAUGUAAAAGUUAGGCCUAUAUAUAACUAUUCGGAGUCAGUUUUUGUCACUGUAGGACUUGAACUUAGACAAAUUCAAAAUUUAGAUGAAAUUCGACAGUCACUUAAAACAACAGUUAACCUACAAUUGUUUUGGAAGGACGAGUUUCUGACUUGGAACGAAUCAAAUUAUCAUGGGGUAUCUAAGAUCAUUUUUCCGUACAACAAAAACAUUUGGAUUCCAGACUUGAUGAUAAUCAAUGAACUAAAUACACCUGGUAUGAUUGGAUUAAAAGAUGCCUUUAUAAGGGUAUACAGUAAUGGGCAAGUUUUUGUGUGGACUCAAAUCAACAUAGAAACUUAUUGUGAAAUUUAUACAAAGCAAUAUCCAUAUGAUAAACAAACGUGUGAUAUUGCCUUUAGUAAAUUUAUGAGUUCAGACGAUAUUGUAAAGCUUCAACCCAGGAUAAAUGGAAUUGAUUUAAGUUUCUAUGCUGAAAUAGCAGAGUGGAAUCUCAAAGAUAACUAUGUUACACCAAGAUUAAUUCAGAUCAAUGAAUCAAUAGACUCCUUAAAUAUUUUGUCUAAUUAUACACGUGUAACGUUCUCCAUUACAUUACAACGUUCCUGCAAACUAUGCAUUCUGACCAUAAUUCUUCCAGUGAUGGUCCUUGCUUCCCUGGACUUGCUUUCAUUUUUUGUACCAUCUGAAAGCGGUGAGAAGACAAGUUUUCCUUUGUCACUGUUUCUUACAUUAGCUGUUUUUCUUACGAUAAUUACACAGUCAUUGCCGGAAUCCGUUGAUGGAGUUUCUUAUCUUGGAUCAUAUGUCGCGUUUCAACUUGCUGCUAGCGGAACAACGCUUAUGUCGGCAGUGAUUUCUUUGCAGCUUUAUCACGGUGUACACAGUUCCACACGCGUGUCGAAACUACUUUCAUUUGCUAAUUUUCUUGACCAAUUUGGAAACCGGACGGCUCUCCGAAAGAAACAUGAUUCGAAAAGUAAAGUAUACGACCUUCACGAUAUUAAACAUGAGAACGAAAUUUCAAAAGGGGUAAAGGUAGAAGCUGAAACCAAAUUUAAAAACGCUUCAGUACAGUUUGACCGUAUAAUGUUCAUU